UUUGCUGUUUUUUUCACAAAUGCAGAGAUGGCAAGUCACUGCAUAUAAGAAUAUUAUUUAAUCUAUUCUCCAAAGCCCCAUCAGUACCUUUGCUCAUUGUACUCUGCCUCAGAUAAGUUGUCCAACCUCCAUAACAGAGCAUGAAGAAAACUCAAGCCUCUGUCCCAGCAGGCAUGCUGAGGGGCACCACCAAGCACUGCUUCACCCCAGUGCUACAUUAUUCAUAUACCAGGUCUGCAUUUUUAUUUUUAUGUCUCCAGUGCCACAUUUGGACUUGGCAAUAACUGAGCAGAGAGAGAGAGAGAGAGAGACUUAAGGGGAUUGUGUGUGAAGCAAGAAAAGAGUAGAGUUUAAAAUCACUAUUGGGUGCAGAGGAUUUCGGGUAAUUGGAAGGGAUCAAUCUGAUUCACUGUAGAGAUAGGACAAAUGAUUAGUAAAUAUGAUUUUGUUGUUUCAUUUCCAGAGCUCAGGUACUUUAAUGCAAUACUCUACCCACUCCGAUGCAGUAGGUGGCUGCAUGCAUGUUAAUCACUGGUUCACAAUCCGCCAGAAAACAAAGAGAAGAAGCAGAGCAGUAAGACUACAAUCUCCAUGAAGCACAACGUGUGGAGAGCUUUCAUUGUAGUUUCUUGUGUUUGUUUAAUAUAUCCAUGGCGUUCAGUGGCGUUUUCCCAGAAGCGCUAAUUUGACAGCCAAGUGGAAGUUACAUUAGAUGGACUCCAUGAGUUUGUAGAUGUAUGUUUUUAUGCAGGUCAUCUUCGUAACGUGCUGACACUCGUCAGUGAGCCCUGCUCCCAAUGUUUACUUCUCCGGCAUGUCUUCUCCAGCUAGGGAAAAGUAAUGCUUUGCUUCAAUGAAGCUGAUUUCAUGAAAACAAGACUGACAAGCUCCCAUGUUUCCAAGAAAUAAAUUGCUAUACAGAUAAUGCACUAACUUGCAUCAGUUUGAACAGCUGGGCAGCUUCCUCUCUUCGGGCAGCGAGCUGUUGUCGUCAAUUGCAGAUCCUCUCCGGCUCCAUGAUGGCGAUGUUUCGGAGCUUUGUCUCGGCGAGCACUCAGUUCCGUCAGCAGCAGCCCAGCAGCGACUCAGGCUCGUUGGCAGCCCCGGCCGAGAGCAUCGAGAGCCAGUUCUCCUGUCCAAUCUGCCUGGAGGUCUACUAUAAACCCGUCAGCAUCGCCAGCUGUGCUCACACGUUCUGUGGAGAGUGUCUGCAGCCAUGUCUUCAGGUGACCUCGCCUCCCUGCCCUCUCUGUCGUGUGCCCUUUGACCCCAAGAAAGUGGAGCGCUCCUCCAGUGUGGAGAAGCAGCUGGCCUCAUACAAAGCACCCUGCAGGGGCUGUAGCAAGAAGGUGGCUCUGGUAAAGAUGAGGUCCCACAUUGCUUCCUGUUCGAAAGUACAGGAGCCAAUAGCCAACUGUCCCAAGUUUGUCCCUGUGGUACCCACCUCCCAACCUAUACCAAGCAAUAUUCCGAACCGAUCAACGUUUGUGUGUCCGUUCUGUGGAGCCAGAAACCUGGACCAGCAGCAACUAAUGAAGCACUGUAUGGACAACCACCGUAAUGAUGCUAAUAAAGUGGUGUGUCCAGUGUGUUCAGCCAUGCCAUGGGGAGAUCCCAGCUAUAAGAGCUCCAAUUUCCUCCAGCAUCUUCUUCACAGACAUAAGUUCUCUUAUGACACCUUUGUUGACUACAGCAUUGAUGAAGAGGCACAACUGCAGACAGCUCUCGCACUGUCACUGGCUGAAAACUGACAACAGACACAGCACCACUAUUCUUUCACCAUUGGUAUCAACUCCACUAUAACCAGUGUCACCCUUGAACCUCUGCAUUGUUGCUGUUCCUCCCUGCCUCACUGGGUAUCAACCAGCUAACAGAGAUCCACAUUGCAGAGAAGUUCCUUCAACUUUGGAGUGGGUGAUAAUCUCACUGUGGCUUUGGAAUGGCUCCAGUGACUAUCAUGAUGAGCUAUGUAAAGUUGUUUGGAGCCAAAUAAAUCGCAUCACACCCUGACUUUAAAAAUGGCAACCUACAGUUUGGAAAAUGUCCAUUCUCUCCCAGGUUUUGUUCUUAUGACAGUUGCCAUCUGGACCAAUGAAGGGCUACCUCCAUCGAAAUGAGCUGGAAACCUACUGAGACCUGCUGACUCUAAAACCCUCACUAGCAGCUCAGGCUGCUGACCAUUAGUCACUUGCUAGGUGGUCCUAACUGCUGCUAUUCCCUGUGAAUGACCUUUGUUGAUAAUCAGUUAAUAAUAAAUGAUUAAUAAUCAGUCUGAGAGUGGGGCACAAACUCCAGUAUCCUCUACAGCAUAGUUUGCAGUGACCCAGUUUGGCAAAUUCACUUUUUUAAGAGUUCAUAUACAGUAGCUAGGCAGCAAGAAUGAAAGUAUACAUAAAAAAAAAAUAAAGUAUACAACAUGAUGAAACAAUAGCUCCUCAAGUUCUUUGCUGUUGCCAGACAAACACAAUCAGAAUACGUAUGAAAGCAGCAUUGACAGGCUAGAAUUCUAGUAGAACAUAAUAUUAGUAGCUGAGAUAGCUGGCAGAGGGACUACCCACCUUACUCGAUAUUUUCAAGCUCAUCUUUUCAGUCAUGUUACUGUCAGCUUUAUUACACUGGUGUGAAAGUAAAGGCAUCUGUCGCUGUUGUCUCUCUUGCUUGCUCACUCUCUCCCUCUCCAAAAUAGCCUAGACUUUUCCAGUGCAAAAAAAAAAAAGAUCUGAAGACCAAGUACAUUGCGAAAAAAAUAUUCCAGAAACAUUUAAAGCAAACUUAAGACCAAUUUAUGUUUUCCACAUCCAUAUGACGAAAAGUACAUUUCAUCUUCUGCCCAUGUCCAUAAGACUCUGUGCAAACCAUCUGCGCCAGCAAGCAUACAUAUGUGUCUGCAGAAACUUGUUGUAUAGGGAGAACUGCUUCCACUGUCCACGUUUUGAAUAAUGUCAGGCCCUUUAGCCUCUUACUAGCAUUGUCUAUCAUCUUAAUCUCAGACAUUUAAACUCCCAGUUUAUUUGGCUCAUUGUCAUUUCAGUGCUUGGCCUGUAGGCUCCUCCACAGGUGUAUCAGGAAAGCUUAAAAUCAGUGUUCAGUUGUCACUGUGCACAGUGCGACUGGUCAGACCCUGAGAAAUCAUGGUCAGUCUUGAUAUCAGAAGGUAGUGGCAGGUUAAAAGCUACUCAUGAGGUAGUAACAUUUUCAGAAUAAUCAGGUUUUCUGUAGUAAUCCAUUACCAUAUUUCUUCAAUCUCAGAGACUUCACCUCUGUCAGUAGACUGCAGCCAGCUGACAUCCAGACCUGUGGGACAGAUCAUCGCUUGGUCCAAUUUACUGUCAUGUUGAACUAGUUUCCACAAUAAAUUGGCAUUUCAUUCUCAGUUCUGACACAGCGACACCAAAAGGGAGUUUUUCAGGCCAACAUAUUAUGGUAUAAACCCUGGAAGCUGAGCUUUACUCCAUUUCAGCUUCACUGAAGACAACAGGAGAGCUUCAACUGCGCCAAUGAAGGAAGGAUGUCGUCUCAUGUCCAGAACAGCUCAGAAUGCCAAUUAUAUUAUCAUGAUUCCAGAGUUUAACAUUUACAAUAAUAGACAUUAAGAUCUCAUAAACUGUCAUUAUAAGCAAAGUCAGACAUCGCCUGUAUUUUUUAUUCAUGUGAAUAUUUGCAGUUGUCAGCAUUUUUUUCCUACCACAUUAAUUUGUAGAUAUUAGUUGGAAAACAACCAGUAAAGAUGGAUGUGCUGGACUGAAAUCUAAUUUCCAUCUUACUGUUUUCUGCAUCUUUAUGUCUUGCUACAAGGAAUAUUUUUCUGAUGCAUCUGCCAAGAUAGAUGAGUAUUAAAAGAUAUAUUUUUGAAAAAAUGUUUGUUUCAAAUUACAACCUUUCAGGGACACAAGUUGAUUUAUAAACUGUUUGCUGUCACACACACACACACACAAGAAACAGGACUAGAGAGAAUGGGACUGGUUUAAAACAGGUAUUUGAUAUAAUCUAACCAACAGAUGGCAGUCCUUCUCCAGACAUACAGAACCAUAGAAAGGUCAACACUUGUGCACACUGACAUCAUGCUUGCUGUAGAGGCAAAAUUUAGGAAACAAAACAAGGUCACUUAGGAUAAUGUUUCCACAGAUGGAUGCAUUUACUCUACCAUUUACACUCUAAUACAUUCAAUUUUUAGUUUCUUUUUGUAUAACCAUAACUAUUAUUUAAUUGUUUAGCUAUUAAACCUUAUUGUAGAUUGAGUGUUUUAUUAAACAAAUAUCUUGUAAAUUACCAAUGGUGCCAAGAGAUAAAUAUUAUUUGAUAGAAAAUGUACCAUUACUUUUGUGUAAAUGAAAAAAAAAUUUGACUACUUAAUUUAAAUGAAGCAGUCAUUUACUUAAUUCCAUUCAUGUUUUUGUUGUCAAAAUAAUUACAAUUGACUGGGAGUGCUGCAGCAGAGCUGGCUGGGACCCAAAGUAAAAGCAGCAUGAAUUCUACAAUGGAAGAAUAAGGCUGUGUGGAGGCAAAAAAAAAAAAAAAAAAAA